UAGAGCGAGCGAGAGGUUAAUUCUCACACACUGGAGUAAUCUUUGGCCGUUUUGGUGUCAGUGUGGUUCCAGGUUGAUCCGUGUCGUGGUGGAUUUCAGACGUUGUAAAGCGGCAGGUGUGAAGGCGUCGGUCCGCACACGUACGGACGGUGUCGCAGUUUAACGCGAGCGGAACGGAGGAGCGACGGUCCUCUGCGAGUAUGGGAACAAGUGAACAAAGCACUGGCAGCACAGCAGUUUGCAAUUGCUCUCUGGCGGCAUUUGGACCUUUAACUCUUCGAGAAUAAUCUGAGAAGACCUGCAGCUGCUCUCGGAUCAGCACUCACAGCCAACUGCUCCAUUGUCUUCAAACCUCAGCCUAGACGGGAGGAGAUGGAGAACUAACUGGGGACCAGCAGGCAGUAGCUCCUCCCUCACCAUCCACCAGCAGCCAUGGCGGGGCUAAAACGUUGUCGUGAUGGCAAGAUCGCCGGGCUGUACGACCUGGAUAAGACGCUGGGCAGGGGCCAUUUUGCUGUGGUCAAACUGGCCAGACAUGUCUUCACCGGGGAAAAGGUUGCUGUGAAGGUGAUCGAUAAAACCAAGCUGGAUCCGGUGGCACGAGGUCACCUUUUCCAGGAGGUGCGAUGCAUGAAGCUGGUGCAGCAUCCCAACGUGGUACGACUCUACGAGGUCAUUGACACGGCAACCAAGCUUUACCUCAUCCUGGAGUUGGGCGAUGGAGGAGACAUGUACGACUGCAUCAUGAAGUACGACGGAGGCCUCAGCGAAGAGAUGGCCAAGUGCUACUUUGCCCAAAUUGUCCACGCCAUCUCCUACUGUCACCAGCUGCACGUGGUGCACAGAGAUCUUAAGCCAGAAAACGUGGUGUUCUUUGAGAAGCAGGGUAUCGUCAAGCUCACCGACUUUGGAUUCAGCAACCGGUUCCAGCCUGGGAAAAAGCUCAAUACCUCCUGUGGCUCCCUGGCGUACUCAGCCCCUGAAAUACUGCUGGGAGACGAGUAUGACGCACCUGCCGUGGAUAUCUGGAGUCUGGGGGUGAUUCUUUACAUGCUGGUGUGUGGGCAGCCCCCCUUCCAAGAGGCUAACGACAGCGAGACGCUCACCAUGAUCAUGGACUGUAAAUACACGGUGCCCACGCAGAUCUCCCACGCAUGCAGAGAUCUCAUAGGCCUGAUGCUGCAGAGGGACCCUAAGGAACGGGCGUCCCUGGAGCAUAUCGAGGCCCACGAGUGGCUCCAAGGAGUCGACCCCUCCCCGGCCACCAAGCUGUCCACGCCGCUGGUGUCGCAUCGCAGCUUGUCGGACGAAGAGCACGGCUGCAUCAUCCAACGCAUGGUGCUGGGGGGCAUCGCGGACCGAGACAGCAUAACCAACGCUCUGGAGUCCAAUCAGUACAACAACAUCACCUCUACCUACUUUCUGCUGGCUGAGAGGAUGCUGAGAGAGCGGCAAGAAAAGGAACAGCACAACCAGACGCGAUCACCAAGUCCCAGCAAGGCCCAGUUCAGGCAGUCCUGGCCCACUAGAGUGGAUGUUCAUCAGGAUGUUAAUAACGGCUUGGGAGGACCUCCAAUCUCUCAUCCAGGAGGGCCCCAGUCUCCUGCCCGCAGCGCUGAGAGCCUCCACACAGGUCCCAGGCCCAAAACCGCUCUAUUGGACCUCAGUCACCAGCAGGACAAAAGCACCUCAUCAUCCAUCCAGCAGUCUGCACGGCAGAACCAGGAGAGGGCGCUCAGGCCUCUGGGGAACACCCAGCAGCCCAACCCCCUCAGGCUGUGCUCUCUGGCCCCCGCGGGGCCGCGCAAACGCCGCAGUCCCGGACUUUUUAGUGUCGAAGAACACGAGGAAGAAAAUGAAGAAGAGAAAUGCUUGUCCCCCUCAGCACUACCUGCUCAGGUGGUGCUCCGUUGUAAAGCCUCUUCUUCCUCAUUGCCCUCGUCUGUAGAGUCUUCUGGUAAUCGCCUGACGUCUCGUAUGAGCGCUCCCAUCCUUAACCAUAUCCACGAGGAAGAGAAAGAAGAUGAGGGAGAUGAGGAGAAGAAGGAGCUGGGUGGACUAGGUCCACCCAAACCCAGCCUUAGCCUCAAUCUGAACUCUAGAAUAUCGUCACCAUCACCGCUCACGUCCUCUCCCAAAGCUCCUGCCAUAGUAACACCCAUCAUCACUUUGACGCCCAGUUCUGAGACGAGCGAUGAUGACGCAGCAACUCAUAAUAAAGAGAAACCAGAUGGAGAUACGGCAGCUGUGGGUGGACAAGGGAAAGAGAGAGAAAGAAGGUCCCACAGGAAGGAGGAGAAGGCAAAAAAGGGGGCCGAGCAGGAGAGUCCCACCACUUGUUCCAAUCCGCCUGCGGGUCAAGGGAAGGGUUCAGCCAAAGCUGCCAGUGGCCUGGUGGAAAGCCUGAAGCUAAUGAGCCUGUGCCUGAGCUCGCAGUUCCACAACCUGACAGGAGGAGGGGGAGGUGGCAAUGGCGGUCUUGGAGGCGACGCCCAGGACCGCCCCAUGUGGAGAAUGUGCAUGGGCGGUUCCACCGGGAGCUUGGAUAAGGUCUUACUGUUGGGUGGCCCAUCGCCCAGGGGGAACCUUUACCACCACCAGGCCCCACUGGGAGACCUGUUGGUGGAUCCCCUGCUGGACGGCACCUGCUCAGCGACCCUGAGGUUGGGAGAGCUGGACCUGGCUCGAGAGAACCACAGGAACAUGAAGAACCAGGGGCUGCAGGUGCCUCUGAGUGACAAAGCUCUGUCUGUCAACAUCCACCGGAGUCCCAAAGACGGUCUGCUGUGCACCCCGAGCCCCCACAGCUGCUGCCAGGUCAUCUAAUGCAUGGACGGACCGCGCCACGCCACGCUCCCCGUGUGGUGUGUUUGAACAGGCCGUGACAAAUCUACGGGUUCAUUGUUCUUUUUUUUUUUUGUAUUUAUUGCUGUCACAUUUAACACUUUUGGUGGAUGAGUGGAGGUCCAUAUGACAACGUUGCACAUUUAGAGACAUAACUGGUCUCCAUGGUGACGGAGACCAAGCGCCACAACAAGUAUGUGGGUAUUUUGUUCCUUUGGUUUCGCUAAAGGCAGGCGCUCCCUUCUCAUGUCCUCGCCGUAACAUACCAACACGUGCACGACGUGCGCCUCCACAUGCACUACGUGCGCCUCCACAUGCACGCUCAUUCUGAUAAGCUGAUAAAAGGAAACGUCUCAUGUUACAUGUUGUCUUUUGUUCCAAUUUGAUGCUGUUUUUUUUUUUUUUUUUUUUUUUUUUUACGGUCAUUUUUAAUUCUAUUUUGGAGUAAUAUUUUUAUUAAUUUGUCUUUUUAUUCUGACUGAAAUGUUUAAUUUAUGGCUGUUUUUAAUCAAGAACACAGGGUGUAGUGGCACAUCAGCGUGAGGGUUGCACAUGGCAUUUUAUAGUCCGUCACUGUUUUAUUUUUGUAUCUUGAAUAAACUCUGCACGGCAGUCUGAAAGAAAUUGUUCGCCUCUGCACGAGUACAUGCCAGAGUUUGUACAUAUGUAAAUAACCUUAAGAGUACACUGUACCUGUGGUAUUGAUGGUAAAGUUGUAUUGCAGUAGAAACAUGAAUAUCCAUCCAUUUUCUUCCGCUUUAGCCGGAGUUGAGUCGCGGGGACAGCAGCUCAUGCAAAGCCGCCCAGACCUCCCGAUCCACACACACCUCCCCCAGCUCCUCCGGGGGAAC